AUGUAUGGAAAACAAUUCGAUGUUUUACCCCAAAUUGCGUCGUGUAAGUGUCAUUUCUUUGAUAAUUUGGGAAAAUUAAGCCCUAAAUUCGGAGAUAGCCAUAAUCACGGGUUCGAUGUGGUCUUACGGCGUAGAUUCCUUCGACAAGUACGUCUUGUGGAAAGAAAUAAAAGACCUUGCACAUCUAUCAGGCGAAAACAUGAUUUAGAACUGAAUGCUGAAGACCAGAUAGAGCAACUUAGCACCUCUGCUGAUUUCUUGGUGGAGCAAUGCAACACCCUUGAUCCUGUGAUUACCAAUACUUCUUUUCCCAAUUGGUCACACCAAGCAGUCUCUUGGAAAGCAGGAAUGGGCUAUAUGCCUUGUAUAUGGACCGCGUUACAGGGGAUUUGGCAAAGAAAGUCGGUGAGCUUUCACGUCUCCCAACACUCAGCCCAGAAGUUCUUGCAAUUCUGUUUCACUAAUUUAAGUUCAAAUUCACUGGGUAUAUAUAAAUAAAAAGGUCAGACCCCUACUCACCAUUGUAACAUAUAACUCUAAUAAUUUUUGGUAUGGAGCGAUAUAUAACAGAUUUCAGGGGAACCUGACUUGGACUUACUGUUUUAGUUAGGAGGCCACUAUAAAUGGCAUGCCACUCGCAGUGAAGGCUAGAGGUUUUAUUUCUCUCCAGUGGAAUAGGCCACUGUGCCGAACCAUGUUAUGGCGUCUCAUUAUUUAACUUGUUUACUACUUUCUCUUGAUGAUCUGCAAGUAUUAAAUGUAUGUUUGAUGUUCUUGAUGUCUGCGUAUAUUUUGGCAGUUGCAUAAAUUGCCUCGACGAGUUCAAAGCUUUUAUAGGUUUUGUUUUGCA